CGCGUGUGUUCUCGCGAGAUCUGGCCAACAGCGCCCCCUUGUUUGUGUGUAAACGCAGCGGGACCGAGGGACACUGCGCGGCUAACGAUAGCACGGCACACAAACAGGGAUUUAAUUCACGUUCGCUGUCCGCCGACACUCAGGGGGGCUUUCAAACGCCGCGGCAGGACGUCGUUUUGCCUCCGCCAACCUCCAGCUCUUCCCGCCGAGGCGAGCGGCGACGACUGCGCGCGUCCCGCUAAUCCCGAGCAGGGGGAGACGCGGCCUGCUUCUGUAGCGGGCUUUCCGGUGCGUCUAAGGCGGGCAACGCUGUCACCAGAGCCCGGGGCUUCCGCUGGGUUGUUUCUAUUCACACACGCAGAAGCGGCGGAGCUUUGACGUUGUUCGUGUUUCCGGAACUUAAACCUCCCCGCCGCUCAUUUGUGUUCUUAUCGGCGAGCUGCUUUCCGCGUUUCUCUGCCGACAAGAUUAUUUUAAAGCCGCUGCGGCCUGUUUUGUUUCCCCGGAUCCGCAGACGUGAAAACCCUCCGCGGGACAAUAACACCCGUAAACGAGCCCGAUGGGGCCGCUGUGCCCGGUCGCGACGGGACGCACGGAAGCCCCGGUGCGGGGAGACGAUACCCGCGCCGCGUGACACCGCCGUGUGAUACCGGGACGAGCGAUGGCUGCGGACUACGGAAGUAUCGCGGGGGAGACCGCUGCAACCCGGACCACUCUGUCUCGGACGCCGCUGUUUUGAUGCUGCUAGCCGGGCAGCCACCCAGUGAGGAUUGUAUGGAACCAAGCCGAACCGACCCGCAGGUACCGACGGACGGAUUGAAUGUGAUUCGGGGAUGAGUAACACCGACCGCACCAGGCGCAAGCUGGUUGACAUGUUGGAUCUACCGACCCGGGACCGACGCCGUUACACCUCCAUCUAUGCCAGACUCCAUUGAGAAAAACACUGAAUUAGCGCGUUUUUUUUAACGUAUUAGUACAUCUUAACCCGACCGGAAACCCCCGAAUUUGGAGCCCCCGGUACAGGCAGCGGAGAUGAACCCGGUGAAUGCGACCUCUCUCUACGUGUCCGCGAGCCGCUCGGUGCUGCAGUGCGACCCCCGAGACCCCCGGGCCCUCGCGGAGCUCUGCAAGCUGCUGCCGUUUUUCCGCCAGUCCGUGUCCUGCCUGGUCUGCGGUAACCUGCUGCGGGACCCCAUCGCCCCCACCGACUCGUCAUGCCAGCACUACGUGUGUCGGGGCUGUAAGGGUCAGAGGAUGCAGCUGAAGCCGUCCUGCAGCUGGUGCAAGGACUAUUCCCGCUUCGAGGAGAACCGGCAGCUCUCCCUGCUGGUCCACUGCUACAGGAAGCUGUGUCUCUACAUCACGCAGUCGCCGCUCGCCCCGCACAUAGCCAGCGCCGCCGGCCACUCGCCGGAGCUCCGGGCCGUCCUCAACGAGGGCCUCUCGUUGGCCGAGAGCGAGCCGGGGGCCGCGGACGGCGAGGACGCGGCGGCCAAGGACCUGAAGGCGGAGCCGCCGAGCCCCGUCGGCGUGAACGGGCUGCACGGCUGUAACGGCCUGGCCGGCCCGGACGCUCUGCAGCGCGUCGCCGUGGAGACGGGCGGGGGCGUGGCCGAGCAGGAGAGCUUUUCGGAGGAGAUCCCGCAGUGUGUGAGCGUCAGGGGGCCGGGGGAGGCGGGGCUUUGCGACAUUGCUUCUUUCGGGGACGACUUGAAACACGGCGGGGGGGCGUUGUUGUUGAGCGUGGAGGAGGUGCUCAGGACUCUGGAGACGGGCGCCGACCCCGAUUCGACCCCCCAGCUCAACGGACCUCACUUUCCCCCUGACUCCCCCCUCUUCGCCUCCCUCCCCCGAGGGAACAGCCCUCGCCCCCUCCCUCACCAGCAGCCCUCGCAGCAGCCUCCCCCUCCCUGCACGGUCGUCCCCCACGCCCCCCCUCGCUACCACCGCAAGCGCUCCCGCUCCGAAAGCGACAGUGAGAAGCUGCAGCCCCUCCCCAUCUCCACCCUCCUGCAGGGGCCUCCCCUCGCUGCCAACAGCUCCCCCCACCACCCGAACCCCGGAGCCCCCACCGAGCAGGAGCCCAAGUUCCCCGCUGCCACGGCCCGCCCCCACCCCCACCCGGCCCCGGUGCCCAACGGGGGCCCCCCCAAGGUGGGAAAGACCGUGCUGGUCUCCAACAAAGCGCUGAAAAAGACAGUGGAGCACCACGGGGCCCCCAAGAAGGCCUACACCAAGGCCCGGCAAGGGACCCCCAAGCCCCGCACGCAACCCCGAGACAGAAUGCCCCCCCACGCACACCCCCACCCGCUGAUGCACCCGCCCAGCCCCUCGAAGCCACUGUACAAAAAGCCCGUGGAGAAAAAGGGCUGCAAGUGCGGGCGAGCCACGCAGAACCCCUCGGUGUUGACCUGCAGGGGGCAGCGCUGCCCCUGCUACUCCAACCGCAAGGUCAGUGUUUCUAACCCUCGGGACCAAACCUCCUAGUUGAUGUACAGGAGACCAAAAAUAUCU